AUGGACGAGUGUUUUCAUGAAAAUGAUUACCACGUGUCACGACGUAUCUACUCAAACCGGGUCUUUGACCAGGUUCAUGAGAGACAAGCCCAAGAGAUCCAGAGUUUACGAGAACGGCUGAGCAGAGCCUGCAGAUGCACUGAUAAAUGGGCUGUUCAGAAGAUAAAGGGGCUUCUGCCAAUCCUGGAUUGGCUUCCUAAAUACCCAGUCAAGCAAUGGUUACCCGGUGAUGUCGUUUCUGGGGUCACCACAGGACUAGUAUGCUGUUUACAAGGUGUGGCUUAUGCAUUGCUGGCCUCUGUUGCACCAGUCUAUGGACUCUACUCUGCGUUUUUUCCUAUUCUUACAUACUUUGUGCUUGGCACAUCCAGACACAUCUCUGUGGGUCCAUUCCCUGUCACCUGUCUGAUGGUGGGCUCUGUAGUUUUGACCUUAGCUCCUGAUGAGCACUUUCUGCGUCCAGUGAACAUCACAGGUGUGAAUGAGACAGCAAGAGAGGCCCAGAGAAUCCUGGUGGCUUGUACCAUGACGUUGUUGGUUGGAUUAUUCCAGGUGGCUAUGGGGCUGAUGCAGGUGGGCUUUCUAGUCAGGUAUCUCUCAGACCCACUGGUAGGUGGCUUCACCACUGCUGCUGCCUUUCAUGUCUUCAUAUCUCAGAUUAAAACCAUUGUGUCUGUUCCUAUACACAACCAUAAUGGAUUCUUCUCCUUUGCUUAUACAGUGAUAGCUUCUGCUAUCUCUCAUGUGAUGGACCUAAACUCCCAGUACGGCGCCAGCAUUGUCCACAGCCUCCCCAGGGGGUUUGCACUGCCACAAAUACCAAAUAUAGCACUUACUGGGAAUAUUUUGGGCUCUAGUUUUUCCACUGCAGUGGUUGGUUAUGCAGUAGCAGUCUCAGUGGCAAAAGUCCACGCAGCAAAACAUGAUUACACAGUCGAUGGCAACCAGGAGCUGAUAGCUUUUGGCGUCAGCAAUAUUUUUGGAGGAUGUUUCUCAAGCUUUGUGGCCAGCACUGCAUUGUCACGGACAGCAGUACAGGAAAGCACAGGGGGGAAGAGUCAGAUUGCUGGUAUCAUCUCAGCUCUGAUGGUGAUGAUAGUGAUUUUGGCCCUUGGGCCAUUUCUUCAGCCUUUGCAGAAGUCAGUGCUGGCUGGCAUUGUUAUAGCCAACCUGAAGGGCAUGUUCAUGCAGAUCUCAGAAGUGCCUGUACUCUGGAGACAGAACAGAACAGACUGUCUCAUCUGGAUAGCUACGUGCCUGGCAUCCAUUGUGCUGGGUUUAGAUGUGGGUCUGCUGGCUGGUCUGGUAUUUGAGAUGGGCACAGUGGUGGUCAGAACACAAUUCCCUUCUUGUGCCACUCUUGGAAAUGUCCCAAAUACUAAUAUCUACAAAAACAUGAAGGACUACAAAAAUAUUGAUGAAAUUCCUGGAAUAAAGAUCUUCAAGUGCAACUCACCCAUUUACUUUGCAAAUAUUGAUUACUUCAAAGAGAAGCUGAGAGAAGAGGUGGGGUUUGAUGCAGUGCGGGUGUUCAAGAAAAGAAAUAAAGCUUUGAAGAAGAUUCACAAACUCAUUAAAAAAGGAAAACUACAAGCAACAGAGAAUGGUUUGGUGCCAGUGGCCUCACUGGGAGUAGAAAACCAAGCCUUUGAAAAAGAGCAGGUUCCUGAGCUGGAGGAAGGGGCGUCUCAGCUAGACUCAGAGGUGAAGGUUCAGGUAGACUGGACGUCUGAGCUGCCUGUCAGUGUGUCAGUACCCACAGUCCAUUUUCACAGCCUCGUGGUGGACUUUUCUGCUGUCUCAUUCCUGGACGUGGUAGCAGCCAAGUCCCUCAAACUGGUGGUGAAGGAAUUCAUACGAAUUGGGGUCAGCGUCUACAUCGCAGGCUGUGAUGGUGAGCUUGUCAGGAGAAUGGAGGCCCUGUCCUUCUUUGAUGAAGAGGUUACUAGAGAUAUUCUCUUCCUCUCCGUCCAUGACGCCAUUCUAUUCAUUCAGCUGGAAACCUCCACUGGAAAUGAUGAGGAUCCAUUAGCUGAGAAGGACAUGGUGAAUAUAUUACCUGUGUUCAUGUAG